UGCUGCAGUCCGGGUGAACAGAGAUCCCAAGCUCUGGCCCAGACAGCUGCACUGCCUCCAAGCGCUGCCAUGAACCACUUCCAGACUCAGAUCCGGAUGCUGCUGUCCAGCCAUCAGCCGAGCCAGGUACAGGACAACCUGCUGGAGGAAGAGCUUCUGUCCAGGGAGUACCACUGCGCCCUGCUCCAGGAACCUGAUGGUGAGGCUCUGGCCAGGAAGAUCUUGACCCUGCUGCAGAAAGGAGACCCGGACUUGGCCCUCUUGGAGUGUGCCUGGAGUGGGCUGCAGGCCCCAGCAUCUGAGAAGGACCUCGGCUCCAAGGAUGAUGGUGGCAGUGAACAGUGUGCCGCCAUGGAGUUGGGGCCUCUGGAAGGCAGUUACCUGGAGCUUCUUAACAGCAAUGCUGACCCUUCGCAGAUCUACCUCUACUAUGACCAGAUGGACCCGGCUGGGGAAGAGAGCGAACUCUGCUCAGAACCCGACACAGACACCAUCAACUAUGAACAGUUCAGCAGGCUGCUGUGUGACAUAAAUGAUGAUGAAGAGACCAGGGACGCCUAUGCCAAUAUCGCCGAACUGGACCAGUACGUGUUCCAGGACUCCCAGUUCGAGGGCCUGAGCAAAGACAUUUUCAUCGACCACAUAGAAUUGGAAGAAAUAAUCAGCGAGAGUGUGGAGAUGCUGGAGGAAGCAGGACAAAAAAGGAAAAAAAGAUCCUUCCCCGAGGAGCUGCCUGCGGACCUGAAGCACAGGAAGCUCGCCGAGCCCAUCGCUGUGCCCAUGACGACUGGCACUUUCCUAGUGGAGCCAGCGAGUGGCCCCAUGGCUCUGCCCUGCCUGUCACCACCUACUCUGUUCGACAAGGAUCUAGCAUCCAGCCAGACCCAGCUGGAGGAAACCACCCUAAAACCUGCGCCCCCCUCCGGGUCCUUGUUGAGCUGCCUGAGUCUCCCGGCUGGACCUUUCCAGAUCAUCCCCACUCUCUCCACUCUGCCCCAGGGAUUCUGGCAGAUCUCAGGAGCUGGGACCGGGGUCUCCAGUAUACUCAUCUACCAAGGUGAGAUGCCCCAGACCAGCCAAGCGCCCCCAUCCAGCAGCCCAGCUGUCCACAGCCUCCCGAAGUCCCUUGAGCGGCCCGGCUCCACCAGCCCCUUCGCCCCAUCCGCAGCUGACCUUCCCAGCAUGCCAGAACCAGCCCUGACGUCCCGUGCAAACACGAUAGAGGAUGAGGUGUCCUCCACCCAAUGCCUGGCAGCUCCCGAGGUCUCCAGCAAGCUUCCAAAAUGGCCUGACAGUGUGGAGCAGUUCUGCCGCUCCCUACGGGACAAGUACCAGGCCGAGCCCGCGGGCCCGGAAGGCGUCCUGGUGGAGGUGGACCUGGUGAGGACCCGGCUGGAGAGGAUCAGCAUCAAGAGCCAGGAGAGGGAGCUGGCCAACCUGGACUGGGCGGAGCGGCAGCCAGCCCGCGCGGGUCUGGCCGAGGUGCUGCUGGCUGCUAGUGACCGGCGGCGGCCACGUGAAACGCAGGUGAUUGCCGUGCUGGGCAAGGCAGGACAGGGGAAGAGCCGUUGGGCCCGGGCAGUGAGCCGGGCCUGGGCCUGCGGCCAGCUGCCGCAGUACGACUUCGUCUUCUACUUGCCCUGCCACUGUUUGGACCGUCCGGGGGACGCCUACCGCCUGCAGGACCUCCUGUUCUCCCUGGGCCCACAGCCACUGCCGGUGGACAGCGAGGUCUUCGGUCACAUCUUGAGGAGGCCCGAGCGCGUCCUGCUCAUCCUGGACACCUUCGAGGAGCUCGAAGCCCAAGACGGCCUCCUGCACAACGCAUGCAGACCCGCGUCGGCGGAACCCCGCUCUCUCCGGGGGCUGCUGGCCGGCCUCCUCCAACGCAAACUGCUGCGAGGCUGCACUCUGCUGCUCACAGCCCGGUCCCGGAGUCGCCUGGCCCAGAGCCUGAGCAAGGCCGACGCCCUGUUCGAGAUGCCUGGCUUCUCCGCUGAGCAGGCCAAGACCUAUGUGAGGAGCUACUUCGAGCGGUCGGGGGCCGCUCACCACCAAGAGAGAGCCCUGGAGCUCCUCCAGGGCCAGCCGCUUCUCCUCAGUCACAGCCACAGCCCCACUGUGUGCCUGGCCGUGUGCCAGCUCUCCGAGGCCCUCCUGGAGCUGGAAAAGAAGGCCGAGCUGCCCUCCACACUCACGGGACUGUACGUUGGCCUACUAGGCCCAGCAGCCCGUGACAGCCCCCCAGGGGCCCUGGAGGCGCUGGCCAGGCUGGCGUGGGAGCUGGGCCGCAGACACCAGAGCACCCUGCGGGAAGGCCAGUUUCCAUCGGAAGAGGUGAGGGCCUGGGCUGUGGCCAGAGGCUGGGUGCAGCCCGUCCCCGGGGCCCCAGAGAAGGAGCUGGCCUUCCCUAGCUUCCUCCUGCAGUGCUUCCUGGGGGCUGUGUGGCUGGCUCUGAGCAGUGAGAUCAAGGACAAGGAGCUGCCACAAUAUUUGGCAUUGACCCCGAGGAAGAAGAGGCCCUAUGACAACUGGCUGGAUGGCGUGCCGCGCUUUCUGGCCGGGCUGGUCUUCCAGCCUCGCGCCCGCUGCCUGGGAGCCCUGGCAGGGCCAGUGGCGCUCACCUUGGUGAACAGGAAGCAGAAGGUACUCACCAGGUACCUGAAGCGGCUGCAGCCGGGAACACUGCAGGCAGGGCGGCUGCUGGAGCUGCUGCACUGUGCCCACGAGGCGUUGGACGCUGGCCUUAAGCAGCAUGUGGUACAGGGGCUCCCCGCCAGCCUAUCCUUCCUGGGCACCCGACUCACGCCUCCGGACACCCAUGUGCUGGGCAGCACCCUGCAGGCGGCGGGCCGCGAAUUCUUCCUGGACCUCCGUCGCACUGGCAUUGACCCCUCUGGACUGGGGAGCCUCGUGGGACUCAGCUGUGUCACCCAUUUCAGGGCCGCCUUGAGUGACACGGUGGAGCUGUGGGAGUCUCUACGACAGCGUGGGGAGGCCAAGCUACUCCAGGCGGUGGAAGACAAGUUCACCAUUGAGCCUUUCAAGGCCAAGUCCGUGAAGGAUGUGGAAGACCUGGGCAACCUUGUGCAGAUCCAGAGGACAACAAGUUCCUCAGAAGACACAGCCAGGGAACUGCCCGCUGUCCGGGACCUAAAGAAGCUAGAGUUUGCGCUGGGCCCUGUCAUGGGCCCCCAGGCUUUCCCCAAACUGGUGAGGAUCCUCGAGGCCUUUUCAUCCCUUCAGCAUCUGGACCUGGACUCGCUGAGCGAGAACAAGAUUGGGGACGAGGGUGUCGCGCUGCUCUCAGCCACCUUCCCUCAGCUGAAAGCCCUGGAGACACUGAAUUUGUCUCAGAACAGCAUCACCGACGUGGGCGCCUGCAAGCUCGCUAAGGCCCUGCCCUCCUUGGCUUCGUCCCUCCUUAGGCUGAGCUUGUACAAUAACUGCAUCUGUGACCUGGGAGCUGAGAGCCUGGCAAACGUGCUUCCAGACAUGGUGUCCCUGCGGGUCCUGGAUGUCCAGUACAACAAGUUCACGGCCGCCGGGGCCCAGCAGCUCACCGCCAGCCUGAGAAAGUGCCCUCAUGUGGAGACCCUUGCGAUGUGGACACCCACCAUUCCAUUUGGCGUCCAGGAACACCUACAGCAGCUGGACUCUCGGAUCAGCCUGAGAUGAUCCCGUCUGUGUCUGGGACAAGGUUAACAGCGCGCGUUCUCAGAGGACACUGACCAUACUGGACCUUGAACUGACUAUCUGUGGACACGGCUCUUCUCGGAUCAUAUCCUGUGAGCCUCAGCAUCCGGGCACCCAGCCCUGCCGGCUGUGGAGAGGACCCAUGGCCUGCUCUGCGGACAGACCCAGGCCAGCUCCAGGCUCCUUCAGGGCCCAGGUGGAUGACAGCCCUGCUCAGCCGUAGGGGUCCUGGCAGAUGGCGGGCACCUGGUGGCAGCUGCAGGACACCCAGGGGCCCUGACGUGUUUUCUGCAGGACACUCCAGACAGCCGUGGCCAGGUCCAAAUGAGGGACUGAGGUGGCCACAUCGCCACCUCUCCAGGUCCCUGCCAGCCUGGGGAGAAAGCCAUUCUCCAGCGGCUGUCCGAGCAGGACAUGCUAGGUACUCUGAGGAUACCAGGAGAGAACCCUCACCUGCUAAUUCCCAGGCCGAGACAGGCUGGGACGCUGUGUCAGCUGCUCUCUCUGUUUUGCACUAACUUUGAUUGCCAAGGUCAAAGCUAGGCCUGGCCAGACGCACUGGACCUGAGCAGGAAAUCAGCGGACGGUACACUACUGGAAGAGGGGAGAGAGACGGAUAGGAGCCACAUUUGCCUUUUUGCCUUAAUUUCCUGUGUCUUCACUACAUUAUAAAUGGCUCGUUUAAUCCUACAGGCAGGUCCAGUGUUUGAGUUCAUACCAUGAUUACCGUUUUGGGGAGCCCACUGUUGUGGUGAACUAAUGCAUCACAAACCACCCUAAGAUGCAAAGGUUUAAAACAACACACACAUUUAUUCUGCUCCCACACCUGUCUUUUGGGCAGGGCUCGGCAGGGACAGCUUGUCUCUGCCCUACUCAGUGUCAGCUGGGUCACCUAAAGGCUCGUUCACUCAAUGCUGGCUGGUGGCUGAGGACCUCGGUUCCUCUAAGGAAAUGUCACAGGGGGACCUCUCCCUGUGGGCUCGUUAGGGCUUCCUCAUAGCAUCAUGGCUGGGUUGUAGGGUGGUCACCCAAAAAAGGAAGAGAGUUGAGGGAGAGAGAGAGGAAGAGAGAAGCUGCAUCCUUUCUAUAACCCGGGCUUAGAAGUCACAGCAUCACGUCUGACAUAUUCUUUGCCCAGUUUGACAGGGGCCGUCACUUUCCCCCCUCCCCCCAUCCCAUGUGUACACGCGCGCGCGCGCGCGCGCACACACACACACACACACUCACUCACUCACUCACUCACACACCCCUUGGCCCAAGUUCCUCUCUUUCCAGAAAGGAUUUUCUUUAUGGCAUCCUAAGAUCUGAUGGAAAAUUCAUCAUUAGGGGAGCAGCAAGGUCGAAGCAGCAUGAACUUUGCAGAGGCGGGUGCUCCCUACUCUAUCCUGGGAGCCUCUCCUUAGUCCAGCUGGGACCCUGCCUCGGCCGCAGGGAGCCUGGAAUGGCCUUGGCAGCUUUGCUCUCUACCCAGAGAAUGGCUAGCUUGACUGUUGUUUUAUACUGGGCAUCGCCAGCUCGGUCAGAAGCCCAGGUUUGGGACGAUUGGCUUUCUCCUGGUGGCGGCGGGAGCUGUCCCUUCAGCUCUAGUGCACCAACUCUGAUGUUUGGGCCCCAAACGCUUUCCCUCUUCCCAGCAAGUGGAAGUCGGGGGUGGAGAGGGAUUGGGACAACUGCCUGGUUGGCAAUCCUUGCGGAAGCAGUGAGUGCCUUCCUCCUUGACCAAACUGCAAAGGGUUUGGGCUCUAAAUAGCUCGGGCGUCACCCUUCAGGGUGUCCCUGCACUCGUGGACUUUGUGGAGUCUGCAGGGCUCCCAUGUGUGCAUCACAGGGGUGAGCACCAAGCCAGUCUCCUUCCAAUCAAUUGAGGCAUCUACUGCACUCUCAGCCAGGCAGAGCGGGCACCACUGGACUCAAUGCUUUUGGUGUGUUCAGAGAUGACAGCACGAGGUCAGAGGCUAUAAUUACUCAGUAAUGACUUUACAUGACAACUACCAUUUAUUAAAUGAGUUGAUACAUGUAAAGCAUGUAUCACAGGGUAAGGGACAUAAUAAGUGCUCAAUAAAUACUAGCAAUGAUUAUUACUUUGCGUCAAGCUCCAUGCUAAGCCCUUCCUACUUAAGAGGGACCGUAGCCUAGGCUCAGCAGCACAGACUCUGGAGCUGGACCAUUUGGGCUCAAUGCCCAGCUCACCAUGUGUGCAAACUACUUCUCUGUGCCUCAGUCUUCCUGUUUGUAAAAUGGGCACAAUCAGAACACUGCCUUCAUUAUGGGGUUAGGGGAGAUUCAAGAGAACAAGAGUGGCAUACAGCUCAGUCCAUGUUAGCUGUCCUUAUUACAUGCGAAUAUGUGUUUCACUCUUGCCUCUCUGCUUGGAAUUUUCUUCCCAGCUCUUCACAUGGCCAACUUCUCAUCCUUUAGGGCUCAGUUUAAAGGAUAGUCCCUCAGGAAGGUAUACCAGAUUACUCCAUUAAACAUAGACACUCCCCCCCACACACACACACUCCAACCUCGUCACCAGUUUAUCUUUUUCACAUUUAUUACUUGUGUUGUCUGCUCUUGUCCUAGGGUGUGAGUACCAGGAGCACAGGGGACUUGUCUGCUUUGUUCAUUGCUGUGCCCUCUGCUUCCAGCAAGGUGCCAGCACAUAGUAAGUGUUCAAUAAACGCUUAUGGAAUGAGUGAAUAAGCCUCACCACACCUUUGUUUUAUUCAUUCCACAAAUAUCAAGUAUGACAAUUAAGUUUGCGAACUCAUCCUAG